GUGCUUUCGGUGGAAAUUUGUUGGAUUACUUCGUUUGUAUAAAAGAGCAGGCGCUGGUCAGCAACAAGCAACAGUUACAACGGUAAUUCACCGCAACACAGAUCUACAAUUCGCAAUCGUUCCACAGCCGAGAAAGGAUUAUCAAAAUGCUGAAAUUGGUGGUGUUGUUAUCUACUCUGCUUGCCGUCGCAGUUGCGCGCCCCGGCUACCUCUCACACGCGCCCCUGCUCUACUCGGCGCCAGCAACAGUCAUACACGAGCCGGUUUUGGCCAAAGUAGGCGCGGUCGUAAAGAGCUUCCCCACCUCGGUCUCCCAUCAGAGCUCGUCGAUUGUGCACAGUUCGGCCGUUGCUGUGGAGCCCAUCCUAGCGCCCAUUGUGAAGACCACUUACACAGCGCCGGUGCUGCAUGCCGCCCCGAUCUAUAAGACCAUUGCCUUGCCCUCUUUGCAUGCAUCGCCUUCGGCCGGUUGGUGGUAAUGUGGAGCUUUUACAUUAAUUCCAUUUAUCAAACAAAGUGGCGGCUUGUAAGUGGAGCUACGGCUCCAGUACCAGCCAGUUGUCAGUUGUUGGUUUUCAUCUUCAUAAGUUUUGCAUAUUUAUAUAAUUGUUUAUAUAUUAAUAUAAUAAUUACAUAUAGUCGAUCGCAUGUUUGUAAAUAAAUGUCUAAAAUCAAA